UCACGGCACGGUCGAGCCGGAGAACUAGGCUGCGUGAUUUACCUUGUUGUUCUCCACGUACUUGAUGAGUGACUGAUAUUCUUCCUUCAGCCUCGGAACCCAGAGAUCUUUGUCACGUGGCCCGGCUUUAGUCUUCAGGAGAGGAAUGGCACUGAGAGUUCUCUUCGUCGCCUCAUCCACCAUUGUGAAUCUUCCUGAAUGAUGCUAAUCCCACCAAAAUCAGCUGGAUAUCGAUGUCACAGGAGCUAGUGCAGUUGGUCGGAGUUCGAGGCAAUAACAUUGUUGUGCUCGCCGUUGAGAAGAAAUCGAUCGCCAAGUUGCAAGAAGAACGUAGCGUACGGAAGAUCUGCCCAAUCGAUGACCAUGUAGUGAUGGCAUUUGCCGGACUCACCGCCGACGCUCGAGUCCUCGUGGACUGUGCUCGGGUGGAAUGUCAAUCACAUCGACUGACUGUUGAAGAUCCCGUGUCGUUGGAAUACAUAACUCGGUACAUCGCUCAGCUGAAACAACGUUACACGCAGUCGAAUGGCCGAAGACCUUUCGGCAUCACCGCUCUCCUGGCAGGCUUCGAUCCCGACGGUACUCCCCGACUCUUCCAGACGGAUCCUUCAGGGGUCUACCAUGAGUGGAAAGCCAACUCGACUGGCCGCUCGGAUAAAACUGUCCGAGAAUACCUCGAGAAGAACUACAAGAUCGAGGAAAUGGCUGAUGACGAUAAAGUGAUCAGGUUGGCGAUACGGGCCCUGCUCGAGGUAGUGCAAGGACGGAGUCUCGAAGUCGCUGUCAUGCGGAGGAAUCAGAAAUUGAAGAUGCUGGAUGCAAAGGAAAUCGAGAAGUACGUGGAGUCGAUUGAAAAGGAAAAGGAAGAGGAAGCCGAGAAGAAGAAGGCGAAAAUGAGCGGACAACAAUCGCAGUGAAUAACCUAACAGUGAGGUCUUGACUAUAUUUUCAUUCGAGUUUCGGGACGUGAUUCGCGCGCCACCAAUAUUUCAAGAGCUUGGGGCAAAUGUUCGAAUACACGGAAUUUCUGAAAA